AUGGCGGACAGUUCUAAUUUUGUGAGCUCUACAAAAUUCCAUCAAAAUAUCCCGAAAAUAUGGAACGCUAAAGAAAUUUGUAAUCAUAUAGCUUCUUCCAACUUAAGUUAUGAUAGUAAACGAAUUAAAUGGAUUGGAACUUUUGAUAUAUUGCAGAAAUUUGUCGAAUGCGAUCUUAAAUUGGAUGGCAAAUGGUCUUCGCCAGGCGGUUGUUCUAAAAAGUUUACGUGCUAUAAUCUAGAUAUAUCAAUAACUUGGUACCCCAAGAAACUAAAUACACUCGUAUUUCACGGUGAGGAAAGCUCGGGUUUGGUUGACGCGUUAAUAAAUGUGUGUGCAGAGGCAAUCUCUGAAGACGACGGUUUAUCAAACAAUGUAUGUGUGUCGGCCAUACAUAGUUCGAUUGCAACUAUAAACCCAGCUGUUGAUGAACCCGAACAGAUGUCUAAUCACUGUAUUAAGGACUUUGAACAAACUGAUAAUCAUCAAAAGGUCAGUAUAGAGCAUGAUUUCAAACUUGGCUGUCAGUGUAGAAUUUUAGCUGCUGAUUUGGAGGGAGUUAAGCUCGAUAUAGCAAUCAUGUGCAGGGACAUAGAAACUAAGUUCCUUGCAGCUUUCAAUUCACGGGAUAGUGAUAGUGAACAAAUAAGUGAACUUAAACACGAGCUUCUUAAGGAAAAGGAGAAAUGUAGUCAGUUGGAGGCUGAUAUAUCUAUUUUGGUUCGAGGAAGGAAUAGGGAGAUAAACGAAUUAAAAAAUACCAUUACCUGUCUCGAAAACAAACUUAAAUCAAGCGAUGUCAUAAAUGAAUCUCUAAGACAAUCGCUAAUGCAAAUUAAUUCAGAAAAAUUCAAUGGUGUAUUGAGUGCCGAACAAAGCCUGUCAAACCAACCUGAACAAAUUAAUACUUAUAACUGCAUCAUAGACACUGUAAAAUCGAUAGAAACUGCAAAUUCAAACCUAGGAAUUUGUUUACCAGGUGAACCAUUUAUUCCCGAAACUGUCAGCGUUGAAAGCCCCCUUGAUAAUUCAUGUUUAAUUGUCCAACCAGCAAGUUGUAAUAGAAACAACAAUAAACUCGACAACAAAUGUGAAAUUAACAAAGUGAAGUUAACGGAGCAUAAUAUGAAUAACGACAAAAUCAGUAAAGCUAAGGUCUCGCGAAGUUACUCUCGACGCAAUCUUAAUUCUCCCCCUUACUGUGAGCCAUUGUCGCUGAAAUCGCUUGGAAACUUGCCUCUUAUCGAAAUAUCCAAGCCAUGUAUAACUCAGAAGAAGGAACCCUUUUUAGAAAACCCAUCAAAUAUAUUGAAUGAUAGUACAACUAGCACUGAGACAGUUACUCAGCAUGUGUGCAUUGGCCAAAUACCAGCUGAUAUUUCUGAAUUUAUUGUCUUAGACGGCGACGAAUGCAUGUCUGAGUGUGACAAUACUAAUAACUGUCCUUUUCGGCAGAGCUUCCCGGAGCGUCCCCCGCCCUUGCCUCAUGUUCGAAGAGCGGAAUGGUUGGCGCAUUUAAAUCUUGUUCGCCGGCUGACGGCAAAGUAA